CAGUCACCAGUCGCCAUUUCCAAUCUCAUCCUGACUCUUUUACUCUUAUCAAUACCUCGUCUUUGUUUAUCUAUCUAUCUCUUUAUCUCCCCAUCCAUCUGACUAUCCUGAGUCGGAUAUACCGUUUAUUGUUGCUCCCCUUAUUCCGAUCCCGCCUAACUUUGGCACUCAGCUCAGUUCCCCACUUCGCUUGUCGAUAAUCACGCCAGUUAUCCACCAACAUUGAACGUCGUCUGCACUCUUAAGUAGACAGCUCUUGACGGCCGGAGAGGCUUGGGAGAGCCAUAUUAGGUGCAUGCAUCUGUCCUGGCCCGACUCUGCUGCAACAUUGAGGUCAAAGGAGUUGCGUCAAUUUGUUUCACGUCAUAGACGGACAUUUGAAAUACCGAGCUCUUCACGCAUCACCAGACACAACUUGUGAUUACAUCUCCAAGUCGAAUCAUUCUCAGCUCAAACUCUUCGGCACUGAAAAGCCAGGUCUCUCUUCCUCGGAUUUUCUAAUACCUGGCUAGCACAUCCUCUCAUCUUGUCUCACACUGGUUAAAGCGGAUGGAUCGGACUAGGCAGCUCUGACAGCACCCCUCAGACGAAGCGCAAGCUGUCGUAAUGGAGGUAGAGGCCAAUGGACAGAGCUCAAUCAAUCUGCUUGAGCCCUGGCGCUGCCAUUCUGCUGGCGGUUGCCAUGAUGACCUCCCCAUUUCUCCACUGGAUCUAGCUUCCGAUGACUUGACUCAAGUCCCAAGAUGUUCCGUCUCAGAUCCUUUGUUCGAAGCAUUGAUGGGAGAUUCGAAGUAUCGUACUGUUCGGAAAGCAGAAAGUACUGAAGGUCAUCGGAAGCCAAAUGCAAAAGAAACAUUAAUCCCGAGGUCCCGACCCGAAGACCCGGGAUUCUCUUUUCCCUCAACAGAGGAUGCAAGAAAGAAAUUCAGCCCUUUGGACAUUCGACCCGAACCGGCAUCAACGGGACCUCGCGGUAUCAAGAGGAAACGCUGCAAGUCGGAUGUCGAUGGCUUCAACACGGCCGAUCUGUGUGUCAAGAAACGUCGACUUCGUGCCGAACUUAUCACGAGUCGUCUUUCUCAGCCUUAUUCUCAACCUGCCACUCACAUCCUUAACCGAGAAGGUCAAGAGGCUGGUGACAAGCGGUUCUUGAAGAUGGCUACUUCAGUUGAUAACACCCGAAGGAUCGCACAUCUUCACGCAACUUCAUUUCUCCGCUUCUCAACCAUGAACUGUCUUAGGAAGAGGUUGAGCCUCGGGCAGGCUGCAGGUAAUAAGAAAUAUGAGCAGGAAAUUGCGACUAUCACGUCGAAAGCUGCCACCAAGACGAAUUGGCGACCUCCGAUGCUACAGGAUUCCUCGGCAGGCAAAUCUCUGAGGAUAUCACCAACUGGCACGGGAAUUAUUGGACCUUCAGGCAUGUUGGUAUCAUCGGCAAGACCUCAGCCAAGCUACCCACCUCAAAAGGCAUUUCAACAUCCAAAACCCCCGUCAUGCCGACUAUCCAAUCCUGUGGCCCUGCCUCUACCUGUUGGCGAUGUAGCUGCAACGAAGAAGCGUACAUCACCUCGACUCUUCCCCAUCCGAUCGCCAGAGCUACGACCUACAGCGCCUUUACCUCCGCUGGACGAUCUCGAAGAGGAUAGUUUUGCAUACAUGCAUCCUGCAGAUGACGACUGGGACGAUGUGGGCGAUGAUCAAGAUAGUGUAUAUUCUGACUUCAGCGUUUUAUUCGGACAGAGCGAUGAUGGCAACAGUGGAGAAGAAGACAGAUCGUACGAGGAGUAUUUGGAUGAGCUCGACGGCAUCUGCUGGAUGUCAAGAUAGUUAGGCAAAUAUACAGUGGCGUCUCUGGGCAUCUCGGGGAGCAUUUAAAGGAAUUAUGUAAAGUAUACUUCUAGCAUUGGGUGGCAAUAUGUUCUUAUUCAUGUUCAAUACGGCGAUAUUGAAUCAUUAUCCGGCCCGCAAGGACUGGAACAAAAAUAGGCUAUACUGGCUUGUAUUAUUAUUCGGCCAGAUGGGAAGGCUUAGAUACACCACAGCUCAAGCAACAGGUAACAGAUUGUUAUUGAUAGUGAUUAUGUUUAUGGCUUCACACCAAGCUUGGAAGCUCGGUCGUUUGCAAUAUCGCACAUUGCCUGAACACCAACUUAGCACCAGAAGCAUUAAAUUGCAAGUUAUACAUACCUGUA